AUGGUGGUGAUAAGAGCUGAGUCUCAUCGUCACAUCCCUAUGUACUUAUUAUUCUUCCAUUUAUCCUUUCUUAAUAUCUGCUAUUCCUCAGCCACGGUACCUAACACGCAGAUGACCUUACUCACAGAGCGCAAAACUAUUUCUGUCAAUGGCUGCAUUACCCGGAUGAUGUUCUUUUUCCUCUUAGUUGUUACUGAAGCUUUCAUUCUCUCAGCGAUGGCUUAUGACUGCUACGCUGCCAUCUGUGACCCAUUGCGUUAUAUGGAGAGAAUGAGCAAAGGGAUCUGUGUUCAGCUGGUGGGUGGUGCAUGGGCAAUAAGUUUCUUCCAUGCCCUGCUUAACACUGUUUUUACCUUCAAGUUGCAUUUCUGUGGGCCCAAUCAAAUCAGCCAUUUCAGCUGUGAGCGCCCUCCUCUAUUACAACUGUCCUGCACUGACACCCUCACCAAUCAGGUGGUGCUUCUUACUUCUGCUGUCAUAUUUGCAUCAAGCGCCUUCCUCCUCACCCUGAUCACCUACAUUCACAUCAUCUCGACUAUCCUGAGGAUACGAUCUGUGGAGGGCAGGCAUAAAGCCUUCUCCAUCUGCAGCUCCCACCUGAUUGUGGUUGGCUUAUUCUACCUGACACCAAACCCAUAUUUUUACAUCAGAGAGCAUAGAAAUGUGGAUAACUUGUGUUUGGGAAAUUCUCAGCUCAGGUAA